CCAUUUCUGUAAUGUUAGAAGUGCACACGUCUGCACCGAGUGUAAGCAGACGUAACACCACUAUGCGUCAACUUAAAAACGGGUGACAUAAAGCACAGUCCUCGUGGAGCACGCCGUAGUUUUGAGAACUGGACAGCUUCCGUUAUGUGUUGACAUUAAUAGCGACGCUUCAAGAACACUGUAAACUUGAGCGAAUGUAUGGAUGAGAGGAUUUGGAAAGUGAGUCAUAAAACCGACAGGAAAGGCUGCAGCGUGCAUCUUAGAGCGUGCCAGCAGGGAAGGAUUGCGAAGCACGUUCCUUUUCUUGUCUAGGAGACGAACACAAGACAACAACUCAAACAGUUAUCUAAAAGUAUACAAUUUCUGGGAUAAAUAUUGGUAUCGGCACGUGGUCUUUGUUAAAUGUUGAUUCGUCAAAAAAGGAGAUAUUUGAAGAAAACAUGGGACGAAAAAGGACUUAUGGCAUGGACACACACUAUCGGCAUAUGCAAGUCUCCGAACCAUAAAGAUGCUGGUAAUAACGUGCUUCUUUCAAUAUGGAACGUACCAUCAUUCUGAUCAUAGUUCAAUCGAAGGCAGCGUCUCUCCUCAGAAGUAAGGUGCUCUGCUUGGACAUGGUCCAAUCGUUUGACUUGUUGUUUUAUGUAAUUGCGAAAGCUACAUAACUAAAAAAAAGUAUCAACAUGGUAUAGUUGGCAAUGCCUGUAUGUCGUGCUGUGUUCAGUGUGUUUGUUUUGAGCCUGCUCGUAAAAGCGCUUGUCCUGGGUUUUAUAUCAGCUAGAUAAGGACAGAAGCGCGCGGACACGCCUCGUCGGUCAUGAACGAGAACAAAUCAGACCAACACAGCACACAUAUGAUCAAUAGACUAUAUUGAUUGACUCAUAUAUAAGGCUAGCGAUCGUUCUUUCCUAUGUUUGUUUGACGCGCAUGGAAGAAUGUGUUGGGAAAGUUCACUUACCAGCCGUUUGAGUUUAGAGCACCGGCCAUAAAUUCUGACGACAAAAUACGGCAAACAUUUGGGAUUUCUUAGGAACUUAAAAGCUUUGAAAGUUUGCCAGCUUUGGAGACAUGUGGCCUAAAAUGGGUGAUUUUCCCACCGUCUGCUUUAUGAAUAAAGAGCUUCUGCUUUAAAGUUGAUGAGGACAUUUUUGCAUGAUGAUCACCACAUUGAGGAUGGUGAGAGUGCAUUCAAAUCAGCGAAGUGCACGGUGGAUGGCUGCAGAACAUUUUUACAUCUAGCUGCUUUUUCGCCAGAAAGGGGAAACUAUGGGGUGAUUCUUGCUUUUGACAGCAGGCUGUAAAUCAUGGAUGUGAAUUUCUCCACUGUUCUGGAUAGCAACGUGUCGGAGAGAGACUCGUCUAAGCGCGUGCUCACAGGCUGCUUCCUUUCUCUCCUCAUUCUCACCACUCUGCUGGGGAAUACACUGGUGUGUGCGGCCGUCACCAAGUUCCGCCACCUGCGCACCAAGGUAACCAACUUUUUUGUCAUCUCGCUGGCUAUCUCUGAUCUGCUGGUGGCUAUCCUGGUAAUGCCAUGGAAGGCAGCGACAGAAAUCGUUGGCUUUUGGCCCUUUGGUGCCUUCUGUAAUGUCUGGGUGGCAUUUGACAUCAUGUGCUCCACUGCCUCCAUCCUUAACCUUUGUGUCAUCAGUGUGGAUCGUUACUGGGCGAUAUCCAGCCCGUUCCGCUAUGAGAGGAAGAUGACUCCGAAGGUGGCGUUUGUGAUGAUCAGUGUGGCAUGGACACUCUCCGUGCUCAUCUCCUUCAUACCCGUGCAGCUCAACUGGCACAAGGCGCAGACCACCAGCUACAGCGAGCUCAAUGGCACCUACGUCGACAUCCCACCUGACAACUGCGACUCCAGCCUCAACCGGACGUACGCCAUCUCUUCGUCGCUCAUCAGCUUCUACAUCCCCGUGGCCAUCAUGAUUGUCACCUACACCCGCAUUUAUCGCAUCGCCCAGGUGCAGAUCCGCCGCAUCUCGGCGCUGGAGCGGGCGGCAGAGAGUGCCAAGAACCGCCACAGCGGCACGGGCAAUAGCGUCGCUGCUGAGUCUGAGAGCUCCUUCAAGAUGUCCUUCAAACGCGAGACCAAAGUCCUCAAGACCUUGUCGGUGAUCAUGGGUGUGUUCGUGUGCUGCUGGUUGCCCUUCUUCAUCCUCAACUGCAUGGUGCCAUUCUGCGAACCCGACAACGAGGGCGGCAGCGACUUCCCCUGCAUCAGCUCCACCACCUUCGACGUGUUCGUGUGGUUCGGCUGGGCCAACUCCUCGCUCAACCCCAUCAUCUACGCCUUCAAUGCUGACUUUCGCAAGGCGUUCUCCAUCCUGCUGGGCUGCCACCGCCUCUGCCCCAGCAGCAGCAACGCCGUCGAGAUCCUCAGCAUCAACAACAACGGGGCGGCGGUGCCGCCACCACCACCGGCGGCCAUUUGCAACCAGUAUCAGCCCAAGGGGCUCAUCCCGAAGGAGCCCAACAGCAACAGUGGUAGUUACGUCAUGCCCCACAGCACCCUGUGCCCUGAGGACGAGGCCCAGUGCAAGGAGGAGGAGACUGGGAUUAAGUCCGCGAACUUGGAGAGCGACACGGACGUCUCGCUGGAGAAGAUCAAUCCCAUCACACAGAAUGGCCAGCACAAAUCCCUCGCCUGUUGAGCCUCAUAUUUCACUCAUGUGGCGUUAUUACGUGCAACAGAAGACAAUUACGGAAAAAAAAAAAUUCAAGUUUGUGCAAUUGAGAAUAACUAGCUGAGGGUUGGAGAGGGACCAGAAUCACAGUUUGGGGAAUCUAAGCUGAGCUUCACUGAAGACCUUAAAUACUGUUACUCUGAAAUGUGGGAAUCAAAAGAAUGUCAAAUAUUUGAUGGCACUUUAACCUGGAUAACUAUCUGCAAAACACUCUCAGCAUUUAUUAAUGACACUGACAGGUUUGUUGAUAAAUGCCUCAACUUGAAGUAAGCAAAAUAAGAUACAAAAAAUUGUUUCACGUGCAUGUGUGUAUACAUGUACGUGGUUUUAUAAAAUGAGAUUAAUAAUGUUCCAGAAGCCAAUGAAACAUAAUGAGAUACUUAGAGUAUUAGUCGAUUACCUUGUAGGUGAGUGCUUUACUUCCACUUGUACAGGUCAAAGGCAAUUAGGAGUCUUUGGUUCAAUCUACUUGAUGUCAACGAUGUUGUGUACAUAGUUUCCACUGUUUAUCAAAGUUGGUUAAACUAACCUCUCAAUACACCGCUAUUUGUGCUAACUAAGAGGAAUCAAAUAGAUGCAAGUGUGGUCAUCUGACAGUUUUAAUGUGAGUAUGUGGCCAUCUACUCCUUCCUCUGUGUUCUUGUUGAUGGUGAUUAGGGGGAGUGUCAAGCCACCGGGUCUUUUGUGAUAUUUCCAUUUUUCAGAUUUGCACUCAUUGAUAACAAGAGAAUUAUUUGUCUUUUUUAAAAUUAGUUUACUUCUGGGAAAGGACCUAAGAACAGAGAGAGACAGAGACAGAGAUGAAAGAGAGAACAAGGAGUACAGUGCCAGUUCAUGGAGGUUAUACUCACAUUGUCAGACUGAAUAUGAAUGAACAAAUGUCAUGUUUAUUUUGUCAUGGCCCCUCAUGGAAAAAGAACAAUAGGAUUGUUAACAAUGUACGGAAGGCCUUUCUAACAGGCUAUUUUGAGAAUUUUGAAGGGGUUAGAUGACGGAUGCCUCUGUCUGCUAUUAUCAAAUGGAACUCCCAGGCCAACGCCAGGAUUUCAAACAGGCCAUUUUGCCUCCACAUUCCAUUGGAACUCGAUAGUAUCUCGCAGCCAAAUUCCUUUAUAAAGUUAUCGUUAGUGCAGCAGCUGGCCUCCACCCCCACCCGUCCUCUGGUCGGAGCCGAGUGUAGUGACAAUUUCCAGUAUGGGCUGAACUAGCCAUCCGCUCAGGGGCCUCAGGGGACAGUAACCUCUCUCACCCUCGCUGAAGGACAACGGCCUGUUUCCACUGGUACCCUGCAACAGUAUUGUGCCGUAAAAGGUCUCAGUGAAAUUGCAAAAUGUCGCCCAUGCAUAAUUUAAAUGCAAUUACAGUACAGUACCUUGUGCAAUGAUAGCAAUGACAAAAGAUACUGUAAGAUAGGAAGGACAUAUGGCACGUUGUGACCUCUCAUGAAUAACUCAGACUUUGAAAUUGAGAGUCAUCAAGGGUUUGGUUGUGUGGCUGGAAAAAUAUAUGUCUCACUGUAAUAAUCUCAUUAUGUGAGUCAGUGGCCCAUUCAAAAACAAGCAAAUCACUUGAUUGUGUGGUUUUUAAAAUUGAAUUGUUUGUAAUUGUUGAUGUUAUACUGGCCUAACAGGAUUCCCAGUUGGUGAUUUCAUCUGUUAAAGUGUCAUAUUAUAGAUGGUAUUGUAGUGUUCUUUUUUGGCCUGUAUUUACAGUAAUGUUGACAUCUCUGCCUUGGUCUCUUAGAUAUAAACAGUCACAUCCGCAGCUGCCCUAAGAUGUCAGGCCUGUGCAUGGUUGGAGAAAAGCUUUCUAAAUCAGAAUGACUGCAGUGUUUUUAAUGGUCACUGGUUGAAAUAGUUUAGCUCUACGGUACCAUAAGUGCAGUCCCUUGAACACAUUUAGACAUGCAUACUCAAGCGUUUUAUUCAGUAUUUUCAAAGCCAAGAUCUGGGUGGAUUUUUGCAACUGGCAAUUUUUUUUGCCACCUUGUUGAUGGCAAGGGCACUCUCUCUCUCCAGCUACAUCAACAUUGAAUCGUUCAGCAUGUUGUUUAGUGUGUAUUUCGACGGUCUGGAGAGUCAUUGUACUGUUGUAUAAGUCAAUGUGACAAGCCCUUCGCUAUGAGCUGAGGACCAAAGUCCACAGCUCCAAAUGCUGUCUCCACUCCCUACAGCAGGUGUUAUAAUGAAGGCUUGAACAGAGCAGAAUUGAACUGAUAGUGAAUCAAUAGAGAAAGUGAUUCAAUAUACAGACCGCCCUCCCCUUAAUCCAUAUCGGAAACCCAUUUAGCUUUGUCUCAGCCAUCUGAUCCAAGAUCAUCUCUGAGUCUAGGGAGCCGUACCCAGGAGGCUCAUUGGCAUUAAUUAUCCCUAUCACACACACCCUUUGUGUGUCUUUAUCUCUCAAUUAUUUUACAGUUUUAUUUCACCCUGUAUCUCACUAUCUCUCUCUCUCUCUCUCUCUUUCUCUCACUCUCUCAAUGCCAGAUUUAUUUAUGUUUAUUGAGAUUCUGCAGUUCUCCAAAUUGAUCUAAACAAGUGCAUUUUCUUUCCACAAUUGAGCAUGAUCUCUUGAAAAUCCCAUAGGCUUUUGGGAGAUAUCAUGCUUAUUUACCUUUUACGGUUGUCUGAACAAUGCUGGUCAGGGUUGUAAUGACCCUAAGGGUUGGUUACUAGUGCUUCCAGAUCUUUCUCUAAAAUGAGGCAAAUACUGUAAAAUCUAAGGGAGACCCAGGUGCAGGCUUUAUCGCUGAACCACCUCUGCCUUGGCUAAGGGAUUAUCUCUUUAAUCUUAAUUAAAAGGAAAAUAAUUAAUAAUGUUCUCUAGUUUAAUGACCUUCUGUUCAAUGUUUUGACCAUUCACAGAGAGAGAUCUCAGUCAUUAGUAUGAUCUGAUGAGUAAAUGUUGCUGCCAACCAAACCCAUCCACUUUCAUACUAAAGUUAAAUGGAAAGAAAGCUUCUUUUAACUGUUGAGCAAAAAUGACCGCCAAUGAAUAACUGUUGUCAAGGUAAAGGGUUCAUUUGUCUGUUACAGAUUAUUUGUCAGCCAUCUUUAAGAAUAAGAUGGGUGGAUGUCAAAUUAAGCCACUGCAGAUUUUGCUGUUUUGAGUUACAUGAGUUAUAAAGAAAAGUUAUAGUAAUGAGUUAUAGAAAAAAAAAAACAAAGAACAUUUUUUGAUGAAUUUGUUUUGAAAAAAUCACCCCCUACCUCGGUAUUGAACAACAAAGUGUAACAUACAGUGAGUGAAACAAACAAACAUACAAAAAAAGAAAAUGUAUUGUAUUAUGUUAAAAUGUAGAUGUGAACACAAGUGCUUUUUAUCUGGGGAAAAAAUCCUUAAUUGUGAGUAGAUAACUGUGCUGUUUGUCAAAUGUGGGCUUGUGGAACACAAAGAGACGCCAGUAAGAUUAAAAAAUGUUGUGCUGCUGUUGUACAGAACGUUUCAAGGGUAAGCCCUCAAAUUUAUUACAGUAUCUAGUUUACAGUUUGUAUAAAAUGUGCCCUUUGUAUUUGCUAAAUAAAAGUGUAUGUAUUUUUUUUUU